AUGGUUCCUGCUGUCGUUACUGCUCUUUUCCCUUCUCUUCAUGUUUCUGGCGAUCCUGUCCAGUGGCUUCAGCUCUGCUCCGAUCUCGAUCACCUCAAGCACUUCCUCAUCACUUCUCACUCUUCUCUGUUCAUUGCGGUAUGCNACUGCUCUUUUCCCUUCUCUUCAUGUUUCCGGCGAUCCUGUCCAGUGGCUUCAGCUCUGCUCCGAUCUCGAUCACCUCACGCACUUCCUCAUCACUUCUCACUCUUCUCUGUUAAUUGCAGUAUCAACUUAAUCGGCAAUCGAUUUCAUUUUAUUUGCAGAGCUGUGACUCGUUCCAGGAACAUCAAAUUAGUUGUUGGUAUUGUCUUUUCCGAUUCCAAAGAUGAUAUCAACGAGGAUCGAAAGAUUGCUUUACGCAAACACGUCGUCUUUGUUAAACCUAACAAUGCUACGGAACUGAUGCAAUCCCCUUUUUCUUGCCUUGAAAAGAUGACUUACAGAAAUUACUUCUUGCAUUUUGUUGUCUACAUCUUGAAAAUUAGCAGCUUCGUUAUUCUUAUUUGCAACAUCCUUGCGCAGGCUACGGAACGCCUUCUCAGAACUAGCAAAUACAUACUAUAA